AUGCUAUCGUUAUCGCUCUCUCGUCCAACGAGCUCCCAUUUCCUCUCUCUCCCUCGCCCUCUCAUUCCUCGCCCCGCCGCCAUCAACCAACGGCGUCUCCGCGCCGCCUCAAACGAAGAUGGCAACGAGGCCAUGGAUGACGACUCCAUCGCCGGCGAUCUAGGGUUCGCCGCGUUGGCCGCGCUCAAAUCCGAUCCGCCGCUUGGAUCCUCAGAUAAAGGAGACAGCGCUCAGCUGAGGGGAUCGGAUGUCCUCCGCGCGCUCCAGCGUGCUACCGCUCGGAGAGAGAAGAAGAAGAAGAGAAGGAGGUUUGGGAGGAAGGAGAAGAGCGAUGGCGGUGAGGAGACGUCGGCGAUUGAUGGCUCCGGCGAGGUUCGGCCCAUUAAGAUCCGGAGUGAUUGGGAAUCACGGAUUGAGGAACUUGAGAUACAAGUCCAGCGGCUUCUUUCACUCCAUCACUAG